AUUAACUGUCCACAUCUGUCUCUGCCCCAUAAGCUGAGACACAUGUUGCUCAACGUGUCUCGAAGAUCAUGUGAUCACUCAGUCCACCGUGAGUUGGCACCGACCUGUUUGCGUACGAACUGUUGGUUCUUUGUUAUCCUUUCCUAAAGAUGCACAACCAGUUAAAUGGCAGGAAAUAUGACAUUUUGACGGACCUAAGAAUGUUAUUCUAAUUAUUCAUAUUUCACAUUAAUAACAGAGCCGUCGACGUUGGACUCACAACAACUCAUAAAUCUUGUGAUAUUUACCGGUCACGGUCUGACAGGUUCUCGACGAACGGAGAGGGAACUGGUCGCCAUGGCAACCGGGCUUACAUUAACAGUACAGAGAAGCAGAGCUGCGGUUGCUCCCUGCUUUAACAUGCAGCAGAAGAAACCGUGUGGAAGCGCAUCUCUGAGUGUGUGCCCUAAUUCUAAAUUUGUAUUUUAGAUCCAUUAUUGAUGCGCUGGAGAUGUGGCAACAGUUGAGCAAGCAGGGUCUCCGUCAUUUUGGUUUCUGAUUCUUUCUCAGGGCUCCUCUCGUCCUCUGGGUCAUGAAUACUUGCCUGUUAGCUUUGUUAUUUGUCCAACAAGCUCUGAAUGCCGGUGUUUACUUCUGCUGCCUAAUUGUGUUAGGAAUACCAAAUGCUGCUCUUUGUGAGGUCGUCCACUGGCAAACAAAACACUCACUUGUUUGGUGUGUUGUCGUGGACUGGUUUGAUGUUUGUUUCUCCGUCACUGAUCUCAGGCAGACGACGGUCAGACAGAUCGUACAUGCAAUCGUUGGUUUGAAAAUUUGGUCCCAGAAAUGUGAGGUGUGUUAAGGCAUUUAUCAGAGAUCAUCCGAAUCAUGCAUCAACGCAUUAGUGGUGGGACUUUAAGAAGAUAAUUAUGAUUCAUUAAUUACAAAAAAUAAUAAUUUAAUUGAACAGUUUCCUCUCCAGACAACAGGGAACCUUUGUCAGUGCAGGAGUUCCUGCUCCACUGAUCACAGCUAGGAUGAGAACAACAACAACAAACAUGGAGGAAUCCCUGAACAAAAGCAAACAAAAGCAUCUGUUUGCUUUUACACUACUAUGAAUGGACUUGAAAUUCUUAUAAAAUUGAAUUUCUUAUACAAAUAUUUUCAAGACGUUCAAAGAGCUUUCGUUUAAAUCAGGUGAUAAAAAAACUUGAAUACAGUCACCAUGGUGAUUUAUUGCUCUAUUGUCAAACUGAUGCAAAAUAAACAAUAUUGUGUUGUUUAAAUGUAUGUAUGGCUCCAUCAUUUGAUUCAGUAAUAUACCAAAUUCAUUCAAAUUGAAAAAUGUAGCUUCUUGUGGCGAAUAUUCUUAUACCAUUAAACUGCGAUUAAUUGAGAUUUAAAAAAAUCUAAUCAUAUAUAUUUAUGAUGAAUAUAAGAGGAAUGAAAGUCAGGAGAAGGAAGAUAGGGAAGAUCAAAGUGGGAGAAUAAAGCAGGGAGUUACAUGGGGUUAAUCAUAAGAGCUACAGAUCAAUGGAGGUGGAGAAAAGAGUGCAGGCAGGGUGGACAUCAAGAGCAGCAGCAGGGGAAAGAGAAGCUUUAUGGCGAAGCGUUGGCGGAGCGUCUCCUCGGUCCGUCCGUACAGCUGCAUAGAGGGACUGUCCACCAUCAGCUGCCCUGUCCUGCCUUACUCUAAAUCUGCUGCACUAACCGAAUCCCCAGCUUCCCCGUCGGGUCUGUCCGUCCUGCAGCCGCCUCCCUCCGUCAGGCCGAGUUGCGGCCUCAGUGACAGGACGCCGACGUUCCUCUCCAACUCCAACAUGGGCCGCCGUCACGCAGCCGUCAGCCCUCAGUCAUCAGUGGACAGUGAGGCUGGCGUCUCAGAACUGGAAGAGGACUCCAUCAGCAUGAGCUACAAGUUGCAGGACAUGACCGACGUGGAGGUGAUGGCACGACUUCAGGAGGAGAGUCUCAGGCAAGACUGCGCCUCUACCUCGGCCUCGGCCAGUCGUCGCAGUUCCAGCUUCUCCCUCAACUCGCUGAGACGCAGUGAGAUGGAUUUAGAGGAAGAGGACGAGGAUGAUGAAGGCUACGACCAGCUGCCUCCUCCUCAACCUCGACUCUUCCGCACGGGCUCUAUGCAGCACGGGAGCUUGCGGCACUCCCACACCUUCUCCAGCAUCAGAGACUGCAGACGAAGCUCCGCCUCCUCGCAGUUCUCCCUCAGCGGGCUCUCUGGCUACUCCAGCGGCAGCAGCUUCGGCUUGAAUGCGGAAACGCCGGCAUCAUACAGGAGCAGUGCUGACAAGUUGCGCAGAAGCAUGCCCAACCUGAUCCGAGCCCCCAGCAUGCCAACCGUUCCUGCCGUAGAAUGCCCGACCUCCCCCGUCAACCCACCCUCCCAUGGCCCCUCCUCCCUGCCAAUGAUGUCCUCCCUGCGGACCAGCCAAAGCUUUGACUCGUCCAACGGGCUCAUCCGACUCCAGUCCUCCAUUCCGUCCCCUGGUCAGCUCACCCAGCGAGUCCAGAGCGUGGGGAACUUCCCCUCCACACCGCGGCCCCAACUCAAAGCAACAGCCUACGUCAGCCCCACGGUUCUGCAGGGUCCCACCACUCUGUCCACGUCCACGAGUCUCAACUCCAUCCCCAGCAGCUCAGUCCCACCUCAGCCCCUCAAACCAAGCGUCAGCUUGGCUCCGCAGCCUGUGAAAGGUAGCAGCAGCCAGUCUUCGAUCCCACGUAGCUCUCUCCCUCGACCUGCUUCCUUUGUGGGAAUCAGUGGAGUCCUACGCCCCAGCAAACUGGCUCAACCGCGCAGUUUGUUGACGCCUCCGAAGAGCCUCACCGCCCUGAGUGCCCUGAGAGAUGCGAGCUGGAAAGAUGGCUGCUACUGAAUCCAAAAGUUCUGGGCCUUAAAUCUGGCCAAGCUGAGCCAGUUUUGGACUGUGAAACAGAAGAGUGACUGUUACUGUUUUUCUAAAGCACCUGAGUGAAGUGGCGCAGGUCCAGCAGGCUGGAUCCUGCACCAAAAACUACCUGCUGAAACACAGACUGACACUUUCAAACAAACUGGCAAUAUCGUGGUAAUCUCUAGUUAAAUGUGACAUGGAUCCUCUUUGCUACGAUUUUGUUGUGGUGCGCAUAAACAAACACAGCUCUCGAAAAGUAUAACACAUUGCUUUUGUACAUGCUUUCUGACGACUCAUUUCACAAAUAUUGUUUUCUGUCUUGAGUGUUGUGUCAGAUGUGAACCUGAAACUGAAGUUUUGUAACAUCCUUGUGCCUGUGCGUAAUUGAUGUGACACAUAUUCAUUUAUAUUUAUUGAACUGACCUCGCAGCACUUUCAUCAGAAUAAUGAUUAACACUUUAAAAAGGUUCUUUGUUUGUGUUGAUGGCAAUUUCAAUGAUUUCAUUGGGCUAGUUUCUUUCCAUGGUUCUUUACAAGAAGCUGACGUUUCUAAAAAUGAUAGUUGCAAUGAUAUUGAUGAAAGUCCUCAUGCUUUCUACAUAUAAGAAGAAGGAACUUUUUUCAAUGGAAAUAAAAAGAUUUCG